UCGGUUUUUUAUGAAUACACCUGAAAAUAUUAACCUGAAUCACAUUGGAUUUCGUCUAUUUAACCAAUUGUAAGUUAUCUUUAAUAUAAAAGUAAGAAAAGUUAGCACAUUGUUGUCAAAAAUUUACUUAUUGCAAAUUAAAGCUAUUUAAAUAAAAAUAUUGUUUCUUACACUAAAUUUCACGUAUGUAUUGUAAUAUUUAUGUCGCUUACAUUAUCAUUUCUGUGCUCAAGCCACAAGUUUUGGCGCUUACAUUACAUUUGCUUGACGGUUUAGGACGAAUCGGGUGUUUACAUUAAGACGCUCGUUAAUAGUUUCUAGGCUAUCUCUUUUCUUUUCACUUGUUAUGCGUUAGCUAAGAGCGAGACAAUCAUACAUUUCAUGGUAAGCAACAAGUAUCACCGUAUGCGUUUGUUUAUGAUUUGUUAUUGUGAUCAAUGGUCGGUUUGUUCUAGCAACUCGUGAUAAAGACAUGUGUGUUGUGAUUUAUUAAUGCUAAAAUAAAAAUGAAUAAGUUAAGUGCAUUAAUAUCGCGUAAAGAACAGUUACUAAAACAGCGUGAAGCCUUGCAAAGGAGACAACAGAUAGAUUUCAAAGAUGGCAGUAAUAGUGAUAUUGUCGAGGAGAGCGACACUGAGAUGUUCCCAAAAAUUUCCACAAGCAACGAUUCAAUAAAUACGUCGACUAUUUGCUUGCCUUUAGACCAUUCAUUUUUUCGGCCAUAUAGUGGUGAUGAGCUCAAUCAUGCUUCUACUAACAACAUUAACCCCAACGCUUCACCAACAACUCCUUUGCAAGAAGAUAAGGAAAAUAGCAUCUCGGAAUUUUUUCAAGGCAGUGAUAGUUCCACUAAAAAUAUGGACCUAACAUCUAAACAAUCAUUUGUUGAGGCCGAUGCUGAAAACAGUUUGGACAUUUUCCAGAAUUUGUCUUCAGAAUAUCAUGAUAGUAACAUGAAUGAGAUUAACAAUCACAAGAUUACAAAUGAUUUGAUUACUAACUUGCCCAAUAAUCAUCAGUUACAACUUCCUAUUAUUCAUGAAGAGUCUGCCAAAAAUCACACUAAUGAUCCGACUUCUUGCACGAUAAAUAAUGUAAAAUUUUACACAGAAAACACUACACAGGGCCCAAAAAAGAACAAAAUAAAUAUCAUCUCUGAUGUAGUUAUAAAAGCUGGGGGUAUUUGAAUCCGGAUUUAUAAAUGGUUUAGAAAACCAACAUGACAACGAAGACCAUGAAAUACCUUGCCCUACUAAUGAGCUACACACUAACUAUGGUAAGACCUAUGUGUAAAUUAUUAAACAUUUAUAAAUUUUUAUACGCAUUAAUGAACGAUAUUUUAUACAGCAAUGCUUUUAUUAUUUUCCAGAUUCAGGGCCAUGCAGUUCUAAGCAGGGUAGUGUUAACAGUUUAUUCAAUGAUAAGAAAAGAGAUAGUUCUACAUCUCAGGUUAUAACUGGACGAAAAAGGCGUAAUGCGACACAAUUCGAAAAAGCGUAUUUUGAUUUUAAAUUAGAAGAAGAUUUGGGGGAUUUCUCCUCUGGCAGCUCAGACUUUU